GUUAGAUAAGAAAAACGAGUGCUUCCCCGGUUACUUAAAAGUUGAAUAAUUAGUUCAUAGAGGCUAACGAGCAGAAAAAACUGGAAGAAAAGCUUGGUGAUCUGCUUCUCAAAAACGCAAGAUUUGCUGACCUCUGUGGCUCUUCUGUAGAAUCGGUGAAUGGUGAUGAUGAAGGAACCAACUCCUAGAAGAGACAAAGAAAAUUAUAACAACAUAAACAAAAAUAGCUAUAGUAGUAUGAGAUGUCCACAUUGCGCUGGUCCUCUUUCCAAGGAGAUGGAGACAAGCGAGUGGACUGUUCCACCUUUAAUCCGGGAUAGCUUUUCUAUGAUUGGUUCUGCGGUUGGUGGUACAACAAGCGCAUUCUAUGGCUUCAACCAUGUGAUGCCAAUUGUUAGGAGGUGGGUUAAAGGACCUAUGUGGUUGCAUUUCCUUGUUGGUGCCCCUCCUGUAAUUGUUUUCUCAUCUGCAUGUGCCGGGCUAGCAGGUGGUGCUGUUCCAGCAUGUGCACAGCUAGCAUCUUCUUCUUACCAUGCUGCGAUCUCAUCUUCCACGUUACCGCCUACAGCCUCACAAGAUGAAAACAUGAGAAAAUCUACUUCUUCAACUUUGUAGCUUAAACGCUGAGAAGAGAUGUUCUUACUAUCAGGAAUCUUGUGCAUUACGCGGGAUCAUCUCAUAGUUGGCGACAGUCUGUUCACUCCUUUUUACUAGUUUCUGUUGUGUUUAUGAUGUCUACUUGUGUCUAGUGGAAUUAGUCAGGUGUGCUCGAGCGUCGGCAUGACAGUUAUCACAAACCAAAAAAAAAGAGAUGUUUGCUUCUGUUUGGUGGAUUUCUUUUUCCCUUUGAAGAAAUAUAUUAUUAGUCUAUGUAAUGAACUUUUUUAUUUUGUAAAUUCCAACCUUUAUUUUUAUGUGAUGAUAGAAAUUUUUCCCUUUAAA